GUUUUAGUCAGCUGCCCGCCAUUUAUGUUGAGGGCCAAGGCAACGGAGGUGGCAGCAGCAUCUUGUUUUUUGGUUGUCAAGAAGAUGGCGGCUUCCUGAAAGGCAUGAGAGGAGGUAGCUACUUCUUAACAAACCGAAAUCGCCGGGGUUAACUUCUCAAAGUCCCAUUAUCAAGACGUUUUGCACAAGAUAACUCGAAAGGUAGGAAAUGUCUUCUCCUGGUUCCACGGGAUCUGGGACCACCGGUUCGGUCCUGCAACCACGAUGGAAGCGAGUGUUGGGUUGGUCCGGUCCCGUCCCUCGACCUCGUCACGGACACAGAGCGGUUGCUAUCAAAGAGUUGAUGGUUGUAUUCGGGGGUGGCAAUGAAGGAAUUGUGGAUGAAUUACACGUCUAUAAUACAGCCACCAACCAGUGGUUCAUCCCCGCGGUGCGUGGUGACAUCCCGCCCGGGUGCGCUGCGUACGGGUUUGUGUGCGAUGGCACCCGGCUGCUGGUGUUCGGCGGCAUGGUGGAGUAUGGAAAAUACAGCAACGACCUGUACGAGCUGCAGGCUAGCCGAUGGGAGUGGAAGAGGCUGAAGCCCAAGGCUCCCAAAAAUGGCCCCCCUCCCUGCCCCCGUCUGGGCCACAGUUUCUCUCUGGUGGGCAACAAGUGCUACCUGUUCGGAGGGCUGGCCAACGACAGCGAGGACCCCAAAAACAACAUUCCCAGGUACCUGAACGACCUGUACAUCCUGGAGCUGCGCGCGGGCUCGAGCGUGGUGGGCUGGGACAUCCCCAUCACCUACGGCGUGCUGCCGCCGCCGCGGGAGAGCCACACCGCCGUGGUCUACACCGAGAAGACCAGCAAGAAGUCCCGUCUGGUCAUCUACGGCGGCAUGAGCGGCUGUCGCCUCGGCGACCUCUGGACCCUCGACAUCGACACGCUCACCUGGAACAAGCCGUCAGUCAGCGGCACAGCACCGCUGCCCCGGAGUCUGCACUCCGCCACCACCAUCACCAACAAGAUGUACGUGUUUGGGGGAUGGGUUCCCCUGGUGAUGGAUGACGUGAAGGUGGCCACACACGAGAAGGAGUGGAAGUGUACGAACACGCUGGCCUGUCUGAACCUGGACACCAUGGCGUGGGAGACGGUUCUCAUGGACACUCUGGAGGACAACAUCCCGAGAGCUCGGGCAGGACACUGCUCCGUCGCCAUCAACUCCCGGCUGUACGUGUGGAGCGGCCGGGACGGCUACCGCAAGGCCUGGAACAACCAGGUGUGCUGCAAGGACCUGUGGUACCUGGAGACGGAGAGGCCGCCGGCGCCGUCGCGGGUGCAGCUGGUGCGCGCCAACACCAACUCCCUGGAGGUGAGCUGGGGCGCGGUCUCCACGGCCGACAGCUACCUGCUGCAGCUGCAGAAGUACGACAUCCCCGCCGCCGCCGCUGCCACCUCGCCGGCCCUCAACGCCACGCCCUCGCUGCCCGGCAACUCGCCCAAGAGCCCCGCCCCCGCCGCCGCCGCGCCCUCCGCCCAGACGCUGCCGCUCUCCGGCAUCACGCUCGUGCCCCAGGUGGGCUCCCCGACCACCGUCAUGCCGGGGAGUCCGCUGGCCGCCAGCACCGCCCGCGGCCCAGCUAUUCUGAAAGUGGCGGCUCCGCACUCCGCUGCUGGGACGUCCAUCGUCACUGUGCGCCAGGCUAACCCGGCCGGGAAAUCCCCCGUCACUGUGACAUCACUUCCUGCUGGCGUCCGCAUGGUGGUGCCUGCUCAGAGCACCCAGGGGACGCCAAUCGGUAGCAGCCCUCAGAUGAGUGGCAUGGCCGCGCUGGCGGCGGCUGCCGCGGCCACACAGAAGAUCCCGCCCUCUUCCGCGCCCACGAUGCUGAACGUGCCCGCGGGCGCCACCAUCGUGAAGACCAUGGCCAUGACCCCCGGCUCCACCAGCCUGCCAGCGACAGUCAAAGUGGCAUCGCCUGUUAUGGUGAGCAACCCGGCCACCCGCAUGCUGAAGACGGCGGCGGCGCAGGUGGGCACCUCGGCCGUGUCGACGCCCAACACGCCCACGCGCCCCAUCAUCACCGUGCACAAGUCCGGCACCGUCACCGUGGCCCAGCAGGCCCAGGUGGUCACCACCGUGGUGGGCGGAGUCACCAAGACCAUCACCCUGGUCAAGAGCCCCAUCGGCAUGGGUGGGAGCGGCACGCUGAUCUCCAAUCUGGGGAAGGUGAUGUCCGUGGUGCAGACCAAGCCGGUGCAGACCUCCGCCGUGACCGGCCAGGCCUCCACCAACCCCGUCACCCAGAUCAUACAGGCACUCUCUUCUCAGACAAAGGGCCCCCUCCCAGCCGGCACCAUCCUGAAGCUGGUGACCUCCGCAGACGGCAAGCCCACUACCAUCAUCACCACCACCCAGGCCGGGGGCACGGGCAGCAAGCCCACCAUCCUGGGCAUCAGCAGCGUGUCGCCCACCACCACCACCAAGCCGGGCACCACCACCAUCAUCAAGACCAUCCCCAUGUCGGCCAUCAUGACCCAGCCGGGGGCGACAGCAGGGGUAACCAGCAGCCCGGGGAUGAAGUCGCCCAUCACCAUCAUCACCACCAAAAUGAUGACCUCUGGUACUGGGACGCCCGGCAAGAUCAUCACUGCGGUGCCCAAACUGGGUACCGGGCCUGGCCAGCAGGGGGUGACACAGGUGGUUUUGAAGGGGGCACCUGGUCAGCCAGGUACCAUUCUGCGCACAGUACCCAUGGGUGGGGUACGCCUGGUUACCCCGGUAACCGUCUCUGCCGUCAAGCCCACCGUAACCACGCUUGUCGUCAAGGGAACAACAGGUGUGACCACUCUCGGGACCGUGACGGGCACAGUGUCCACCAGCCUCGCGGGGGGUAGCGUGGCCAGUGCCAACGCUUCCCUGGCGACCCCCAUCACCACCCUGGGCACCAUCGCCACCCUGUCCAGCCAGGUCAUUAACCCGGCUGCCAUCACCGUGUCAGCAGCACAGACCAGCCUGACCGCCGCCUCUCCGCUCCCGACGCCCACCAUCACCAUGCAGUCGGUGAACCAGCCCACGCAGGUGACCCUGAUAACCACCCCCAGCGGGGUGGAGGCGCAGCCCGUUCAGGACCUGCCCGUGUCCAUCCUGGCCUCCCCCACCUCCGAGCAGCCGUCCGCCACCGUGGCCGAGGCGGGGGCCGGGGAGAUGCCCGGCACCGUCACUCUGGUGUGCUCGAACCCGCCCUGCGAGACCCACGAGACUGGCACCACCAACACCGCCACCACCGCCAGCGCCAACAUGGGGGUGCAGCGCGUCUGCUCGAACCCCCCCUGCGAGACCCACGAGACUGGCACCACCAACACCGCCACCACCGCCAGCGCCAACAUGGGGGUGCAGCGCGUCUGCUCGAACCCGCCCUGCGAGACCCACGAGACUGGCACCACCAACACCGCCACCACCGCCAGCGCCAACAUGGGCGUGCAGCGCAUGUGCACCAACCCGCCGUCGGAGACCCACGAGACGGGCACCACCAACACCGCCACCACCGCCAGCGCCAACAUGGGAUCCGACCAGAUGGGCACUGUCCAGAGCAAGACGGAAUCGCAGUCUCCCUCUUCCUCCUCCUCCUCUUCCCCUCCGGCCUCCGCCACCGGGUCCUCCGGAGGGGGCGGCGCCCCUGGGGUCCUGCGGCCCGAGAACCUGCGGACGGGCACCACGUACACCUCCACCACCGCGCGCUCCAACAUGGGCUCGGACCAGACGGGCACGGUGCAGAGCUCCCGCUCCGCCCAGGAGAAGCCGUCCUACAGCAGCAGCGCCGCCUGCCCCAUCUCGCAGACCCCGCCCGCGGAGAAGGGCGAGGGGCCCCAGGUCUGCUCCAACCCCCCCUGCGAAACGCACGAGACGGGCACCACCAACACCCCCACCCAAGCCUCCUCCAGCAUGGGGGCCAAUCAGUCUGGGACGGUGCAGAGGGUCUGCUCCAACCCCCCCUGCGAAACCCACGAAACUGGCACCACCAACACCCCCACCCAAGCCUCCUCCACCAUGGGGGCUGAUCAGUCUGGGACGGUGCAGAGGGUCUGCUCCAACCCCCCCUGCGAAACCCACGAAACUGGCACCACCAACACCCCCACCCAAACCUCCUCCACCAUGGGGGCUGAUCAGUCUGGGACGGUGCAGAGGGUGUGCUCCAACCCCCCCUGCGAAACCCACGAAACUGGCACCACCAACACCGCCACCACCGCCACAUGCAGCAUGGAGAGUGGAGAGGGCACAGCUCAACAGAGUGGUGACGGUACACAAGGGGACGGAGGCGCCCCCUCAGAGGUCCCAACGCAGUCCACCACCCCGACGGAAGCCCCCAAUCCCACGACGCAAAGCAGGGCCAUCACAACCGUCACCCAGGCAACGCCCGCGCCAGGACCCUCAGUGCCAUCGAUCUCCUCCAUCACGGAGGCGUCGGGCGUGGCGCACGAGGACGGCGGCGAGAUGGCGGCGCUGCAGGCGGGCGACCCGGCGGCGGGCGGGCCGAUGCAGGCCGGCGGCCAGGACGCGGCCGGCGCCGUCGCCGCGGCAGCAGCAGCGGAGGCGGGAGAGCCCAUGCAGACGGAGUGCGCGGCCGAGCUGGGAGAAGCCGCCGCCGUCGCCGCCGUGGCGAUGGAGGAGGGCGAGGCCACCACGGUGCUUCAGGUGCAGGUGGAGCAGCUGCCCACCGCCAUGGAGACCCAGCCCAGCCAGGAGGAGCAGGAGAUGGAGCAGGGAGCAGUGGCAGGCACUGCCCAGGACUCGGAGCCGCUGACCCUGCCCCAGGAGCUGAUGUCCGAGGGGCAGCCCGCCACCCUGAUGGUGACGGGCCUCACCCCCGAGGAGCUGGCGGUGACGGCGGCGGCUGAGGCCGCUGCCCAGGCCGCCGCCACGGAGGAGGCCCAGGCGCUGGCCAUCCAGGCCGUCCUGCAGGCGGCGCAGCAGGCUGUCAUGAAUGAAGGAGACUCGGGCCACGACCAGCAGCCCACCACCAUCCCCAUCGUGCUGACCCAGCAGGAGCUGGCCGCCCUGGUGCAGCAGCAGCAGCAGCUGCAGGAGGCGCAGGCCCAGGCGCAGGCGGCGGCGGCGGCAGCAGCAGCGUCCGCGGCGGCAGCGGCGGCGGCGGCCGCCCAGCAGCAGCAGCAGCAGCAGCAGCAGCAGCAGGCCAGCGCCCAGGCGGCCCUGCCCACCGAGGGCCUGGCGCCCGCCGACAGCCUCAACGACCCCGCCUCCGAGAGCAACGGCCACAACGAGAUGGCGGCCGCCGUCACCAGCGCCGUGGCCCGGCUGCUGCCCGGCACGUCGGCCGAGACCUUGGCCCCAUCCAGCACUUUCGCUCCAGCGCAGCCCAUGGUGGUGGCCAGCCCAGCCAAGAUACAGGCGGCCACCGCGCUGGCCGAGGUAGCCAAUGGCAUCGAGUCUGCCGCGGGGAAGCAAGGUCCCACGCCAGCCAUGGCCAAGCCGCCCGUGAAGAAAGAGAGCCAGUGGUUUGACGUCGGCGUCGUCAAAGUGACGAACAUGGUCGUCACGCACUACUACCUACCGGGCGACGAUUCGCCCCCUGUUGACGAGGACUCCCCGGCCGUCCCGGACUACAGCCAGAUGAAGAAGGUGGAGCUCCAGCCGGGCACCGCCUACAAGUUCCGCGUGACGGGCAUCAACGCCUGCGGCCGCGGGGCCUACUCGGAGAUCUCCGCCUUCAAGACCUGCCUGCCGGGCUUCCCCGGAGCGCCCUGCGCCAUCAAGAUCAGCAAGAGUCCGGACGGCGCUCACCUGACCUGGGAGCCCCCGUCGGUGACCUCGGGGAAGAUCAUCGAGUACUCGGUGUACCUGGCCAUCCAGAGCGCGCAGGCCGGGGAGCAGAAGGCCUCCACCCCGGCGCAGCUGGCCUUCAUGCGCGUGUACUGCGGGCCCAGCCCCUCCUGCCUGGUGCAGUCCUCCAGCCUGUCCAACGCCCACAUCGACUACACCACCAAGCCCGCCAUCAUCUUCCGCAUCGCCGCGCGCAACGAGAAGGGCUACGGCCCCGCCACGCAAGUCCGAUGGCUCCAGGAAUCCAGUAAAGAUGGAUCCGCAGCUAAACCCGCCACAAAAAGACCAGUCUCUUCUCCUGACGGGAAAGCCACCGGUCCAAAGAAGGCGAGGUCAGACCAGUGAGAGAGGGGCUCCCUCUGUCCUUCUCCCCUAAUGAGGACUAUGACUGAACCCAUCUUCCCUAAUCAUCAUCCACCCCAACAACACACCACAGCCUCAGCUGAAUUCCAUCAGCCAUCUUAAAUGGUCAAACGGCAGCAAAAGUAACAACAACAACAAGAGAAAAAAAAGAUUAACCUAAAAUUUGAGACAAACAGGCCCUGACUGGGCACUGUGGUGCCAUGGACGCCUUCUCAAUCUGUUAUUUUUUAUUUUUAUUUUAUUAAUACUGCUUCUUCAUGGGCAAACAAAUGAAAGCACAUUUUUAUUUUCUUUUUUAUUUUCUUUUUUUUUUUUUGCUUUAUUCUCAAUAUUUUUCUGUCAAACCUAAACUGCAGCAUUCAGACAAAUGAAUUGCAUUUAGUAGCUUGUCGUAUAUUCCCCUUAUCUUUUUUUUUUCCUGGCUUGUGUUAACACAAGAACAGUUGAGUAGAAAUGAUUACAACUUUGCUGAUAGUCAGAUAGCCCUGUUUUUGAUAAGUCUUGAGUAAAGCGAUUGAGGUUUGGUUAGAAGGAUAAGCUGAAAUGCGUUCAAAUGGGUGGAUUCAUCAAAAAUGGAAAACACAUGGCACUUCACAUUAAGGGGAUGCUUUCCAGAGGAAAAGACUAGCUUCAUUAGAGAGAGAGAGGAAAAAAAAAAAAAGAAAUUCGAAAUAGGCACCAAACUGGACUGUCUCCUUGUUCUGUUGCAUCACUGUGCGCUUGUACCUUGGUGAAAGAGAAGAGCAGAUCAUGGAUGAUCUCAUGUGAAGCGGACGAAGAAAGGACUUAGGUUUGCGUAGAUUCAGAGACUAGAGUAGAACUGAGACUUUUGCCGCACGUUAAGCAAAUCUUGUUUAAAAAAAGGAAAAAAAAAAAAAAAAAAAACCACGAAAAAACUUCCCAAAAAAUUAGCAAGCGGUGAUGCAGAGAAGUUCUGCGUGUGGUUUAUUUUUGUAUUUUUUAAAGCUUUUUUCCUUGUGUGUAUGUGUGUACUUGAGUGCAUUUUUUUAAACCUCACUUUUGUCAUUUACUCUUUGUUCCCUGUUUAACCCCCUAUAGUUUUCAUGUGUUUGUGGGAAGAGGUUAUGGUGGCGUUGAGAGAGCCACAGUACUUUUUUUCUUUUCUUUUUUUUUUCUUUUUUUUUUUUUUUUUAAAUCUUGGAUCGAUUAAUUGUUUGUACUUGUUGUAUCAGAGGAAAUUAAAAAGAAAUGACUUUUUGUAUUUGUUUCGAAGAGAAUGGCAAACGAUGUGGGACUGAGUACCCAGGGAGAGGAGGGCUUUUUUGCUUUGUUUACUUAACCUUUCGACGCUUGUAUUCUUUAGUGUACGCCAAAACUGGACAUUAAAGCAAUCUUUCGCAGAAAACACACACACAUCCUCCUCUCCUUUCGUUCUCCCUCCAAACAGCCCCCUUUACCAAUCCGUAGUUUCAGUACAGUACAUUUUUAGAAGCUAUGGAGUCAGAUUUUUUCCUAACUUGUUUUAGAAAGUUGCAAGAAAUAAAAAAAAAAAUAAAAUAAAAUAGGAAUGUUCUUCCCUGACAGUUGAGAGAAAUGUCUACGGAAAAUGUUAAGAUAACGAUUUGCAUUAGUUUGGGGCUCAACAUUUUGCAGAUGACGUGACGAAGAGGUGGAAGUUUGUGUGUAAUGUGACGAAGAAAUGUUACCUGAAGAAUGAGUUGUACGUCUUUUUGAAUUGGGGGGGAAGUCACGUUUUUGUUGUUUUUGGCAGUAGGGAUUGGGUGGGUUACAAGAAUUAUUGGCAUUGCCAGAGUUUGGGCUCAACUGUAAAUUGGUUCCUUCAUAUAGCAAGAAAAAAAAAAUCUUGGCUUUUUUAUAAUUAUCUGUAACAAGUUUUUACAUGUUGGUCAUCUCUUGCUUUUUGUCUUGACAUAUAAAAGAAACAGAAAUAUCUGUCUCCCUGCUCAGUUAUCUUUCUUUUCUUUCUUUUUUUUUUUUUAAAGAAUUUGACCCAUUUCUUCACCAUUUUAGAAGGUUGAGGAAAUAGAGGAAGCAGUUUAAUAUUCAUGGAAUUGGAUCAUUUAAACCAUUAAAUUCUAAAUGGUCUAAAGCAGCUACAGUAUUAGAUUGAAAUGCAGCGAAUGCUGGGUGUUGGGUCUGAUCGCAGGAACGCAUACAUGAUUUCCAAACCGAUUCUCCAUUUCCUUGUGGAAAGUGUAAAUAAUCAUCUCGUAUAUUUGUCUAUUGUCAAAGAUUGAGGUAUUCAGGAAUUUAAAUCCCUUUCGAUUCUGUGGAAACGCAAUUUUUAAACUGGUUUUAUCUUCAGGUUAUAAACUGUCACUCUUGGGAAGGGGAGAAAAUUUAAAAAUAUGAACAACCCUGUGGCGAGAGAAGCCCGUAAUUUGAAAGAGUCGGCACUUCUAAGCUCCCGGUCGUCGUGUGCAAUUAUACGUCACACGCGAGAUUUGGGAACGCGGGUUUUGACAUGAUGUGUAUUUCGAUAGUUGGCGCCCAAACGUUGCUCUUCGACUGCGAGUUGUAUAAAAGGCAUUAAUAUAAGUUCAUGUUAUUCUUGUGCUGUGCUUAUACCUGUGUCCUGUCCCUCUUCCAUCAGUAGUCAAUGUUUUUUGCAGGUCGUCGGUCUUCAAGUGUCAACUUGGUUUAUACUUGUACUCAAGAUAAGUUGGCAGUGAUGUUGUCAGGUGUACUGAGCAUUUUUGUAGUGUGAAAAUUAGUAUGUUAAAAAAAAAUGUGUUAUCUGGUUUUAGGAAUUACAUUCAAAAUAUCGUUUACGAAUACUAUGAAAUAAUAAAAACGGCCAUCUUUGAA